AUGGGAUACCUCUUCUACUCAAUAACUUUCCUUUUCCUCGUCAGCGCAACCGCGCUCUACCUAACAAAACACCUCUGGAUCGCUCACGCACCACCGAUCCCUUACCUCACAGCACCCGGCCGUAUCCCUGAGCCCCUCUGGCGCUUUUCUCAAUCUGUUCAACGACUCAAUCCCUUCGCGCGAAACGCAUAUAUCAGUCUCGGCCAGAACAGUUUCGAAGACGACAUUGAAGCCGGUUUCAGCAGCGCAAACUUUGAUUUGCGCGAGAAUGUCGAGGGUGGGGAUAGUAGACAGGGCUUGGACGAGCAAGGGAAAGAAAGAGUCAAGGCGAUUAUGAAGAGCAGGGGUUGUGGGUUCGAUGAGGCUAGGAGGAUAGUCAUGGAGGAGAGAUUUGGAAGGGAGAAUAUUGGCAAGGAUGGCAGGCCGAGAGAUCCAAAGGCUGUCAUGUUUGAUCGCAUGUGA